UCUACCCUACAUCGGCUUCUGCACUUUCUCCCACACCCUUUCCUCCCACCGCUCGAAGGAGCCGUAGCCGCCAUGGUUCACGUCAGUUACUAUCGAAACUAUGGGAAGACCUUUAAGAAGCCACGUCGUCCAUAUGAGAAGGAGCGUCUGGAUGCUGAGCUGAAGCUUGUUGGAGAGUAUGGGCUCCGAUGUAAGAGAGAGUUGUGGAGGGUUCAGUAUGCUCUUAGCCGCAUCCGUAAUAAUGCAAGGGAGCUUCUCACUCUUGAUGAGAAGAACCCCCGCCGUAUCUUUGAAGGUGAUGCCCUUCUCCGCAGGAUGAACAAAUAUGGGCUUUUGGAUGAGAGUCAAAACAAGCUCGAUUAUGUCUUGGCCCUGACUGUUGAGAAUUUCCUUGAGCGCCGUCUGCAAACACUUGUCUUCAAGUUGGGUUUGGCAAAGUCAAUUCACCAUGCUCGUGUGCUCAUUAAGCAGAGGCAUAUCAGGGUGGGGAGACAAGUAGUGAAUGUGCCAUCUUUCAUGGUGAGAGUGGAGUCCCAGAAGCACAUUGAUUUCUCUUUGACAAGUCCCUUCGGAGGUGGUCGCCCUGGAAGAGUGAAGCGAAAGAAUGAGAAGGCAGCUGCCAAGAAGGCUUCUGGUGGAGCCGGGGAUGAAGAGGACGAGGAAUAAAUCUUUGGUCUAGUACCAAGUCUAAAACCCUCUGGACCUCACCAUCCCUACCAUUUCUUGUCUUGUCUUCGUUUUAAUGUUUUGUUUCCAGACAUGUUAUUGUAGUGGAUUUUGGUAUAUUUGUUUCUUUUAUGAUUCGGCUGUUGCAGGAUUCAUUUUGCUGUUUAAGUUCAAAAUACUUUAAUUUUGGCUAAUGUUUAAAGAAUUAAUGGAUGCUUUUUUC